AAGAGCAGAAGUAGGCCUCCGAGUGCCGAGCCGCAGGGAGCAGGCGUCGAGCCACUGUGCCUAGUAUUCUGUGCACGGCGGCCUCUCUGGGAUGAGGCAAGGUCAGAAGAGGGGCUCGGGCUUUCUGGAAGAGCCUGGCUCAGACCAGCUCCAGCUGCAGACGUCCACGUUCGGGAGAAGUGACGUCAGGGGUGCGCUGGUGCGGCUGCGGCGUCUGCUCGGGUCCCAGCGGUGCUUCCCCUGGAUCUGCCAGUCCCUGGGCGUCUCUGGUUCUAGUGGCACAGAGUCUGCCCUCGGUCCAAGAUCGAUUGUUCGCCACCGGACUUUUAAAUGCAACCACGGUUCUCAGGUGUCCUCCUCUCACCAACCCACAGGACCUGGAGCCGGAACUUGGUCUGCGACAUCGACUCUGGGUGGCCCUGCAGCCUCGGCAGAAGGGCUGAGGAAGCAGAACUGGUUCACGCAGAAGUGCAGUGCGAACACUUCAACCAGGAAGACGGACACACAGAGGACCCGCUUAGCAACACUGGACCCACUCGAAUCAUCCAGGAGGAUCUUCCCAUCCUUAAUCACACCUGCAAAGCCCCUUAAGCCAUGCAAGGCAACCUCUUCAUGGGUCUCGGGGACCAGGGUUAGGCAUCGCUGGAUGGUUGCUCAGCCUGUGGAACGGGAAACCCAGGCGCCACGGGCAGGUGCUAGACAAGAGCGUCCCAGCAGGAGGGAGAGCAGGUGCACAGGUACCGGGUGGAACACACACAGCGCUGUUAGAGACAGAAACACAGACACGGGGCCACGUCUCUGCGUUCCGGUCUCCUCCGUCGUCCCAGUGUGGAAAGCAGGCGUGCCCUGUGUGGGCCACGCACACGGAGAAGUCAAUCGGAGCAGAACGGCGUCCGGGUCGGAAGACGCCACGGUGGACCAUCUGUGUGUGGACGACACACUUACCUGCAGCCUGUCCCUGGCGCUGAGCUGAAUUCCUCAAAUUCCUCUCAAAUGCUGUUUUUAAAAACCCACAAAUCAAGCUUUAGCUUGAAUACCUUUGAAAGCUUUCAUUGAAAAUGCCUGUCUUUUGGUUGGACAAUGGAACCUUUCAAUGUUGCUUUUUAAACUAUGCCACCAUUUAUUGUUCACCCCCAGAGAUCAAAUGCACAGCCAGAGGCAGGUGGACCAUGAAGCGGGACACAGCACUUCAGAGAAGGUUUAGUGUCUAGAAAACUGAAGUUUCUUUCCCUGCACUAACAUGCAGUUUUUCAAAAAGUAAAAGCAUGUGGUUUAAACAGAAAGGAAAAACAAACCAAACUGCACCCCACUCAUCUCACAGAACACACACGUUCCAUAAUCCCUGCUGGCAGGACGCUGGCUUCAGCAGAAGGUCAGGACUUCACUUCUCCAAAACCGGGAGAAGCCGUCACACAGUGAGGACGGCACAGCCUUUCCCUCCGUGUCCGUGAGUUUCUCCAGUUCUAGGGGUCUGCUCGGAUGCCCAUCCUGGUGGCGGCAGCUCCUCCAUCACGACGGCCCUUGUUACCACGUCACAAAGACAGAACCAGUCACGUGGGGACGCCCGGAAGUCUCCGCCGCAGCUCCCACGUGGUGUUUUCUCCGGGUGGCUCGGUGGAGGACGCCGAGGACCAAAAGGGCCUCGCAGGUCACGAGGGCAUUCAGACACAAUCAGCUAAUUGACGGUGGGUCAGCAAGGGACAGGCCACCGGGGCCCCUCCCAGGGGACAUGCCCUGUGCUCCUGGCCUGCUGCGCUUUGUAAAGUGGCAACUCCCUGUAUUCGUUUUCUUUUUAUGUCCUUCGCUGCUUUGUUUGAAUAUUCCUCAUACCUUGAGCAUAACAUCUUUUUAACCGUAACAUGUAAAACACCAUCAUUUCCAGUUUCUUCUCCCCAGAGGACCUACCCCUUGGGGUCUUUUCAGAACUGUCUUCCUGUUUACAGUGAAGUGUGAAGUCACAUCACAUUGUGAUUUAGCGGGCAGUUUGCAGCGCUCACUCCGCCCCGUUGCCCGAGCGACCCCCAGGGCAGCAGGUCAGCCUGCUGAACGUGCCGUCGCAGACUGGCCGCCCCCGGCUUCUUCGCGGUUCAGCGCCUGUGUCUGAAGAGGAAAUGUUCGCUGAAGUGCGUCCAGACCGUGGUUUUGGGGAGAAAAGGACCCUUUGUGUGCGUAGCUGACUUCAUCCCGCCGCGGGGCUUGGUUUUGGCCGUCAGCAUGUUAUUUUCCUUAUCACAUCAUCCGACAUAAUUAAAGGGCUUUGAAAUGUCGCUUUUGUUCCUCUCGAGGCCCACGAACAGAACUCUCACAAGGCUUUCAAAUUUGUCCUCUCACCAACUUCCGUUCUGACGGCCAAGGGCAAGCGAUUUCCCUCAGAGACUAGGUGAUAAAACGAGAUCCAGCUUGGAUCCAUCACCGUGAAUCAUGAAACCAGGGGGCCAUCCGCUGUGUGGUUACGAGAGCCUCAGGAAAAACUCACUGUGGAUACUUUUCUAAGUCUUACAAGGUGCUGCGUUACUUCAUGCGUAGGGGUCUAUGAAAACAGUGAAUUCUCCGGGUGUGUUUGAUGAUCCCUUCUUCGAAGAAGGGAUUAAAUUUAAGAUUUCAUCAAAAUCACACAAAACAUGGUUUUGAAAAGCAGUGGAUCUAGAAGUUAAUGUCCAAGAAGAUGGUGAGUUUUCCCCUCGUAAGCAAAGCAGCCUGCAGCCCGGCCUUUCUGCUCCGAGGGGCCCUUCCUUCCCCGCGGAAGACAUGCCCCCAAGCACACACAGGCCCGAACUUCUCCGCCCGGCUGCGGGGCCCUGGAGUGUUCAACCAUGAAGUUAAUCAGUCUCUGCCUCAGGACACAUCGGGCCCUCCCUCCUAAACCAGAAGUCGCCACCGGGAGCAGCCCCUCUCCUCGCUACAGCUACUACCUAAUCAGGGGGUUUCUGACAGGCGUGUGGGCCACCGGUCGGGCAGCCCCGUGUUCGUCUUGCAACCGUGGCGCUGAGAGAUGAGCCACGCACCACCAACGCCCUGCACUUGGCUUUGAGUUUGGCCUCCUUGUCCGUGAUGUGGGAAUCCGA